GGGGAAAAACCUCUUGUUGCGAAGGCGAAAGGCUGCGCCUGGCAGAGCGAGGCUGCUGCUCGGACCUUAUCCGCGUUGUCCUGCUGCUGCUGGAGCGAUAGCCGUGGAUCUGACGGGCACCUCUAAUUUAUUGCGUGCUGAGUGUUCUGGCUGGUGAAAAUCAUGUCAUCCAUAUUGCCGUUCACUCCACCGGUGGUGAAGAGACUUCUGGGGUGGAAAAAGUCUGCUGGUGGCUCUGGAGGGGCUGGUGGUGGAGAGCAGAAUGGCCAGGAGGAAAAGUGGUGUGAAAAAGCAGUGAAAAGCCUGGUGAAGAAGCUAAAGAAAACGGGGCAGCUGGAUGAGCUGGAGAAGGCAAUUACCACUCAAAAUUGCAAUACAAAAUGUGUGACGAUACCAAGCACUUGCUCUGAAAUUUGGGGACUGAGUACACCAAACACGAUAGAUCAGUGGGAUACAACAGGCCUUUACAGCUUCUCUGAACAAACCAGAUCUCUCGAUGGCCGUCUGCAGGUAUCUCACCGUAAAGGACUACCACAUGUCAUUUACUGUCGCUUGUGGCGCUGGCCGGAUCUUCACAGUCACCAUGAACUUAAAGCAAUUGAAAACUGUGAAUAUGCUUUUAAUCUUAAAAAGGAUGAAGUAUGUGUAAACCCUUACCACUACCAGAGAGUGGAAACACCAGUCUUGCCUCCUGUACUAGUGCCUCGGCACACCGAGAUCCUAACGGAACUUCCACCUCUCGAUGACUAUACCCAUUCCAUUCCCGAAAACACUAACUUUCCAGCUGGAAUUGAACCACAGAGCAAUUACAUACCAGAAACACCACCUCCAGGAUACAUCAGUGAAGAUGGAGAGACAAGUGACCAGCAGUUGAACCAAAGCAUGGAUACAGGAUCUCCAGCAGAGCUGUCUCCUAGUACUCUCUCCCCAGUUAAUCACAGCCUGGACUUGCAACCAGUUACUUACUCAGAGCCUGCGUUCUGGUGUUCAAUAGCGUAUUAUGAAUUGAAUCAAAGAGUGGGAGAAACCUUCCAUGCUUCGCAACCGUCACUGACCGUAGAUGGCUUUACAGAUCCAUCAAAUUCGGAACGAUUUUGUCUAGGUCUGCUUUCCAAUGUGAACAGAAAUGCUACAGUGGAAAUGACAAGGCGACACAUAGGAAGGGGAGUACGUCUCUACUACAUUGGUGGGGAAGUUUUUGCUGAGUGCCUAAGUGAUAGUGCAAUUUUCGUUCAGAGCCCCAACUGUAAUCAAAGAUACGGCUGGCAUCCUGCAACUGUGUGCAAAAUUCCACCAGGAUGCAAUCUAAAAAUCUUUAAUAACCAGGAAUUUGCUGCUCUUCUGGCUCAAUCUGUGAAUCAGGGUUUUGAAGCAGUCUAUCAGCUCACUAGAAUGUGUACCAUAAGAAUGAGCUUUGUUAAAGGAUGGGGAGCUGAAUACAGGCGGCAGACGGUAACAAGCACUCCUUGCUGGAUUGAGCUUCAUCUGAACGGACCUCUACAGUGGUUGGACAAAGUAUUGACUCAGAUGGGCUCCCCUUCAGUACGCUGCUCCAGCAUGUCCUAAAGCUCCUUCCUCCGUUACCAGUGGGCUAAAUACCAAGUCCAGUCAACAGACUUAAUAUAACAGCUCGUCUGUCGUAGUAUUUGUGUGUGGUCCCCAUGAACUGUUUACUAUCCAAAAAGGUUUUUUUUUUAAAAAAAAAAAGGAAAGAAAAAAAAAAAGAAAAAAGAAAACAGCACUUGAGGUCUCAUCAAUUAAAGCACCUUGUGGAUUCUGUUUCCUAUACUCUGAUACUAGAUGAAAAUUUAGUGUAUAGAAAUGCCUUCUUCAGAAAGAAGAAGGGCCAGUUCUAAAGACUCUUAAUGGUGUUUUUAUUGGGUAUAUAAUUGAGUGUCCUAAUGGUUUAUCAAUAACAUGAAUAGUUAAGUAUAUGUACAGGUAAUGUAUCAUGAUCUCAAACAUCACAGUAUUGUGCUGUUCUACACUUUAGUUCCCAUAAAUAGAUGUUUGUUUUUUUGAUUGGGGCAAAUCUCUCAAAAUUCCGAGACUCUACUCCUUUAUUCUUUUGUAUUUUUUUAUAUAAGCAGGUUUUCGAGUUGUCCUAAGCAUAAAAAGCAGACUUUCCUUGUAGAAAAGCUUAACUUUUUGCUGCCUUCUUAAAGAAAAAAAAGAAAAAUCCCUCCAUUGGAAGGGAAAGAAAUGUCUGAGAUUCCUCUCUGAAAUCUUAAGACACAUUGUAUGCUUAAUGGGGCCUAAAAUGAAUUCAUAUUUUAAAUUCCAAGUAUCCAUCACACUAGGAGUCUACUUUUCCCUACCCAUCUGAGUUAAGGCACCUUUUGCCAGCAGUAGAUGCGCUGGCAUUGCUGGCACUGAUGAAUUUGGGACGUUUUUGUGUCUUGAAUCCUUGCAAUCAGUGGCUUUUUUUUUCUCAUGGAAUGAGAAUUUUUUGUAGCAUUGGAUACUGGAUUAAAUAGACAAGGUUAUUGGCUAAGCCCUUACAUCUGUAUGUUGCAACGAAGCAGAUGUCACUAAGAGUCUCACUUUUCAUUUGUGAAGCCAAGUACCUUGAAAAAUCCUCUCCCAGGGUAAACUAGACUCUUUCGUAUAGGUUGAAAAUAGAUGCAGCUUCUUAACAUAUUUCAGUAACAGAACUUUAAAUUUCUGAUCUGAGUGGCUUUGUAUAGGUUACUUACAUACCAGAUCAUACGCAUUCAUAAUGUCAUAAUGGGCCUUGUUAUUAAAAGUAGUUGCUUCUGCAAAACCUCUAGGAUAGUGGUUGCUGAGGUAUGACCAGCGAAGGAGGACUUGUAGGUUCUUCAUGACAGUGCAUGUUAUUGUGAACCUUUGGACACUACAGCUGCACCAUAUUAAAAAUACUCUGAAGUAUAUUCUACAGAUAAGUCUGGGUUGGGGAAGGGUUGGGAAACUGUAUAGAAGGGUUAUUCUGACUUGAAAAAUAUACAUCUUACUAACAAUCUUGUGAUCUAGCUGUCUGUCAUUCUUUUGUUAUUGUGGCAGUAGCAGGAUUGCCUUUGUCUGUUUUUUCCUGUUGUUUCAUCCAUUACACUAGCCCUGUACUUUGUAAGUACAGCUAGUGAGAACUUCGCUUUGAGAACAAAAAUGUGGCCAGUGUUACAGCUUUUAAUCAGUUGACUGAAUUGAUGAUAGUGGUGGAUAUUUUUAUGCCGUAAUGACUAGGGCAUAGAAGCAAUACCAAAAAUCAAGCCUUGAAWAAGUGGGCCAGACAACUCUUGAAAAAUUGGCAAAGCAGUUACCCGUUUGUGCUAGUUUUACCAGUAGACUAAUGUAUUGGUAGAACUUGUGAACCUAAGAAAUAAGCUUCAUGCGUGUUGCAUUUGCCUAAUAUG